UUUCGGUUGAAGAACCCGUCGGUCACAUGUGAGUGUCGAUAAAUAUCUUAGUAUAAUCGUGAAUACUAUUUAAUUACUCUUAUUUAAUAAUUUUAUCACUCCACACCAUAGUUUAAAAAACAUCUAACACAAUGGGUGACAUCGAGGACACACACUUCGAGACCGGAGACUCUGGUGCCUCCGCCACCUUCCCUAUGCAAUGCUCGGCCCUCCGCAAAAACGGUUUCGUCAUGUUAAAGGGGCGUCCCUGCAAAAUUGUUGAGAUGUCCACCUCCAAGACUGGCAAGCACGGUCACGCUAAAGUUCACUUGGUCGGAAUUGAUAUAUUUAAUGGAAAGAAAUACGAAGAUAUUUGCCCCUCUACCCACAACAUGGACGUACCUCACGUGAAGCGCGAGGACUACCAGCUGACUGACAUCUCGGACGACGGCUACCUGACCCUGAUGGCUGACAACGGCGACCUUCGCGAGGACCUCAAGAUUCCCGAUGGCGACCUCGGCACACAGCUGCGCUCCGACUUCGACAGCGGCAAAGAACUUCUGUGCACCGUGCUAAAGUCCUGCGGUGAGGAGUGUGUCAUCGCAGUUAAGGCAAAUACAGCCCUGGACAAAUAAACCGACUCGGCAUUUAUAGGGAUAUAACAAGCAUAUAAUUUUUUUUACAAUCAACAACUCUUACAUAAUGUAAAAGAAUAUUUUGUAUAAUUUAAAGUAAGAUAUUAAAGGUUUGGCGUGGAUACGAGCUCGCGUCCGUUUCUCAGGUUAGCCUCGGGGCACUCCGGUCAUCGGGGCGGGGGCAGUGGUUGUGACAUGUGACCCAAAGCUGACCGUCUACGGACGGUCUGACAGUCUUUAGCCGAAGUGCCGGCUAAUUUAUUUAUUCCCAUUCCGAGGUCAACGUGAGAAACGGACUCCGCGUCAAAUUGGCCAAAACUUCAA